AUGGCCUUCCUCCUCGCCGGCAAAGCUGCCCAAUUUGGCUGGGGCCAAUACAAAAAACGCAAAGAGCGCAAAGCCGCGCAAGAACACCCAUGGUCUCCCCCCCAGGACGCACCUUACCAAAUGUCCGGCUACCCGCAAGGCAUGGCGCCCGGCACCGAAACCACCUUCCCAUCGCACAAGGAAGAACAAAGCAAAGGCUCCAAGCUGAUGGGCAUGCUUAUCUCUGCAACCCGCUUCUUCCAAUUCGCCUUCGGACUCGCCGUUAUCGGAUUGUAUGGCCAGGAUGUCCGACACGACCACCAGGAUAAGCAUACCUGGCACGCAAAGUGGGUUUUUGCGCUUAUUACGGCGUUCGUGGCGACUGUGACCUCCGCGGUCUAUCUUGCUGUACAGCUUUUGCGGAGGGGUAAUAGCAACGUUGGGAGUAACCCUGCGCUGCAUCUCCCGCGGUUUGUGUGGGAGUUUGUCCUGUGCGUGCUUUGGUUAACGCUUUUUGGCAUCUUUGGGAAGAUGUAUAUUGGUGUUUAUCCUUCUGACAAGAAAGAUGAUGAGAAGAAUGCUGGGCUUGGUGAUGCGUCGAAGAUUAAUCGCAUGCGCCAUGCUGUUUGGGUUGAUCUUAUCAAUUUGAUUAUGUGGGCCACUACUUCUUCGUUUGUGCUGUUGCGCUGGUUGAAGGGGCGUCGUGCUUCUGGGGGUUCUGUGCGGGAUGUUGAGAAGGAGGAGGGUCAGGCGUUCUAG